AUGAAUCACCACCUGUCAAGGGGAAAUGUUUGUGAAAUGGAUCUGAUACUGGCAAGGGCAGGUCUGUUAGAACUCACUGAUGAUCAGAUCAAGAAUAUGACGGUUUGUCCAGUCCAUCGUUACACUCUGGGAAAAUACUGGCAAGCUCCAAAGACCUGCCAGUAUCCAAAACAUCACGGGAAAAAAAUGGCAAUAGCCGGAACACAUGUUAUUAAUUUCAAGACUGCAAGGGAAAUAAAAAAUAUCUUUGGAGAAGCCGUUCCCGUUGGCUCGCGUAAGUACUAUCAGACUAGCAACUAUAACUGUUUUAUGCUUUCAUUUUAUAAUUAACAUAUCAGAAUUAAAGGGUUUUGUCUUCCUUAACAUUUCAACUAGAUACUUUCGUUCGUAAUUACUUAAAAGCGAGCUGUAGACUGAGGGGAAGUCCCAUUCUAUAUAUUUUCUGAACGAUAAACGAUCGAUCCCGUAUUUGAAAGUAUUUUGCAGCCAGAAAAUAACAUAUAACAUAUCAAAUGAUCAUAAUUUGGUUUUUGUAGUUCAUUACAGCAAUAGUUCUUUGCUGUGCGUCAUCCAUAAAUUCGGUCGCUGAUUUAUAGCCUAUAUAACAUAAUUUCCAAGAUGGGAUAUAAAGAUAUAGCUUCUAUUAUCAACUUAGUAGUAAAUUCAGUAUUUUUUUAACAAGUCUUUCCAGGUUGGAAAACUUUUUUUGUUUCUUUUUGUUACUAUAGCUAUUUGCACAACGUGCAGAAAGAAACACAGUGAAGAAGUAGAUCGGAAAUCAGACUGGCUAUACCCUGAGGAAACUGAGGGAGAUGUGCUCCUUCAAAGGUACUGUCGGGAGGGUAGUCGUUUGGUUGUUGUUUUAUAAAAAACACACACACGGUUGUCCUGUCAGGUUAUCCUAUCGAAAGGCAACUAAGUAGCAACCUUUCCAUUUUUAUUCUCCGCAGACCUGCUAAAGAGGCUGCUGUGGGAGCCAUCGGUCGCAUGGUCACUUCAACUCCAUUUCUUGAAGACCAAUCAACGCCAGCUUCCUGGAAUCCCAUAACACCAUGCUGGACUCCAGGGUCAGAGGAGGCCUCUUUAACUUCACCCGUGGUAACCGAUGCAGUCGGCAGGUAUAACGAGGCGAUGGAUACAAUUGCGAGUCUUACUACACAAGAACAAGUAGAACGCGAGCCUCUUAAAUAUCAGCUUAAAACUCCAUUCCAAAACUUAAGCGAUGGGGAACAGCUGAAAUUUGUAAAAAAGGCUAAAGAGGACUGCUUGCACGUAUGUAAUGUAAUUGCCCCAGGAAACGGAGAGGAGCUCUUCGAGUCAAUGAUGUCUGUACAAAGAGAAUUAUUUGAUGGCGCAGUCCCGGAUGAUCUUGUGGUACUCAUGACUGCUUAUAAGAACGCGAAGACCAGGAAUUUAAAGAAACAGAUUCUGAGCCUUUACGCGCAAAGAUACCCUAUGACCAAACUGAAGAAAAUUCACCAACCUUACGGAAGUCUCUCUACAUGGGAAAUAAAGCAAGCACGUUCUCAUGCUAAAAUGCACGGUCCUGGGACCAUCCCUGAAAUCAAGACGAAGCAUCGCGUACGCCUUGAUAUGGGAAAGGUCGACCACUUUGUAGAAUUCAUUAAUAGACCGUACUUUUAUCAGGAUGUUUCAUAUGGUAACAAGGUACUCACCCUAGAUAAUGGUGACAGAAUUGAGAUGCCUAACGUUGUAAGGAUCCUGACAAGGUCUACAAUGAUUGAGCAAUACUUGGAGUAUUGCAAAGAGCAAUGUCACGAGCCACUUAGUAGGUCUUCUCUGUUUAAAAUAUUGGAGGUUCGAGAAGCGUCUCAGCGUAAAUCGCUCCAGGGAUUGGACAAUACGGCUGCAGAUGGUGCUGCGGGCUUUCAGACUAUUGAGACGCUGGUUGAAACUCUUGAGAAGGGAGGAAUGGAGAAACAUUGGUGUUUACGUAUUUGCCAGAACCUACGCGAUGCUAAACGCUAUCUCAAAACUGACUACCGUGUACACUGUCAACAGCAUUACUCUACUUGCGCUGACCACUGUAGAAAGUUUGCGCUUAGUGAUCCUGUUGAUCCCGAGCUCCAGCAUCCUUGUCCGCAUCAGCAUCAAUCGACUUGCGAGCAAUGCCAAGGGCUGAAGGAUGUUCUAAAGGAAGUGAGACUAGCGAUUGAAGGGUCAUCAUGGAAGCCUUACAGUUGCGAACAACGAGAAGAUGUCCUUUACGACUUUGACCGUGCACAGUCAGACAUCUUGCUGUGGAAAGCGCACAUUGUACGCUCAAUAAAUCAGGAGGAGGCGAAACAAGAUGCACUGAAAUCAGAAGACCCACAGUCAGCCAUUCUGAUCAUGGACUGGGCCAUGAAGUUCCUCCAAAUAAAAUUUCGUGAGAAACAGUCUGAAUGGUUCGGCAAACGGGGGCUCAGCUGGCAUAUUUCCACCUUUAUAACUAAGAAUGUUGACUCUGGAAAAAUUGAGCUGCAAUCGUAUGCUCAUAUCUUCGACUCUUGCCAGCAAGACUGGUACGCAGUAUGCUCGAUCAUCGAAAACACACUUGAGGUUGUAAAGAAAGAACAUCCCCAGAUUACCCAAGUGAACCUAAGGAGUGACGAAGCAGGCUGUUACCACAAUAACUUUCUCUUAGCCGCCGUUAGAGAUGCCGGAAGACGAGUAGGCAUUGAAGUAGCACGGUAUGAUUUUUCCGAGCCGCAGUAUGGAAAAGAUAUCUGUGAUAGAAUCCUUUGUCCAAUGAAGUCAUCCAUCCGACGAUAUUGCAAUGAAGGACACGAUGUCGUUUCUGCGAAAGACAUGCGUGUAGCGCUUUCAGAACGUCCUGUUCAAGGUACAACUGCCUCCGUGUGCGCAAUGAAUGAGACUCAAAAGACACUCGAAGUACGUAAGAUAGAAGGUUUCAGCAAGUAUCACAAUUUCAAGUUUGAAGUGCAAGGAAUUAGAGCAUGGAGAGCUUAUGGUGUUGGACUGGGCAAGUUUAUUCCUUACCGAGAGGUCAUAACUGAACCUCAAGGUCCUACUGGUCUCAUUGUGCAUGAAAACUUCUUUCCUCUCAAAGAAGCUCGAGUAUAUAAGAGAGAGACAAACAGUGAAAAUGAACAAUGCAACGGUCUUUUCUCUUGUUCUGAGCCCGGGUGCAACAUGGUUUUCAAGAAAUUCAGUGAACUCGAAAAUCACCUUGAUGUUGGUGAGCACAGCCAAGUUCGCGGAAACUCUGAUACGGUGUAUGACAAGCUCAGAAGAGACUGGGCGGAGAAAUUUCGUACUGUUGAUAAGGACGAAGAAAUCAGAAGCGUGCCUGAAGCAGUUGUAGAGGAGCAUCACGAAAAGAAUAAAACUGGCCGCUCUCCCGAGUGCAGUGACUUGCAGACUGGAUGGGCUCUACACAAACCCCGAAACGAAGCUGUGCGUUUUCCUACCGAGGUUAAACAGUACCUAACAACGAAAUUUGAUCUUGGAGAAAGAACUGGCAUCAAGUCAGAUCCCGCAAAAGUGGCAGCAGAUAUGCGAACUGCAAGAAACCCAGACAGUUCUCGGAUGUUUGAAAGGAAACAUUGGCUCACAAAGGGUCAAGUACAGGGAUUUUUUUCGAGGCUAGCGGCCUCGCGAAGAAGCAAAGCACAUCGGGAAGCGCUCAAUGAAGACGUAGAGGCGGAACAGGAAGAGCAGGAAAGACGAGCCACCCUGGAAGAGGUAGCCACCCACCUUGGUCCUAAGCAUCCGAUCUGCUAUGAUUCAUACUGUUUAUGUGACCUUUCACGCGAGAAGAAACUUGAAACAUUUAGCGUUGCUAUGCUCAAGGACAUGUUGAAAUACUUUGAAAUUCCUUUUAGUUCUCGCGAUAGAAAAAAAAUUCUUGUAGCGAACCUAUCGGAAUUUCUUGAAGGCUGUGACUGUAACCAGCCACGUUAA